AUGGAGUUGAGUGGCCCCGUGAAACUCACCGUUUUGAACAUUGAGGGCAAUUUUGGAACUUCAGCUUUUAAGUGGUCAUGUGUUACACAUGAGUCACAUGACCCUCUAUCCAUCACUUUUGCCGGACUAAGAGUUGAUUUUCAGAGUCUCUUUGCUUAUUGUAUGGAUCGAUAUACAAAGGACGAACUGGAUCUAAUGGCUACCACAGCAAGACGUAUUUGGCUUCGUCGGAAUGCUUGGAUCUUUGAACAACGCUUUGAGCAUCCUGAUAUUGUCUACAGUGAAGCUAUGAAGGCAUGGAUGUCUUUCAAAAGGUGUAAUAUGAUAGAUCAUAAAGUGUUUUCGAAGGUGGAGAGAAAUGAUGAGAACAGAAAUAGACCGAAUAAGUGGUCUCCUCCUCCUGCGGGGGUCUUAAAAGUAAAUUGGGAUGCGUCUAUAAAUGUGGCAAAGGAUUGGGUUGGUUUGGGUAUCAUUGCUAGAGAUAGUAAUGGUCUAUGUGUAGGUGCGAAAUGUAUCACGAUACGGGCCCGGACGGAUCCAAAAACAGCGGAGUUUAUGGCAACACUACAUGCGGUAAAAUUCAGUAAAGAAGUGGGUUUUUGGGAUGUAAUUUUUGAAGGGGAUGCGGCUCAAGUGGUAAAGGAGAUAAAGUCUAAUUCGUCAAAUUUUUCUAAAGUGGGUCAUUUUAUUGAGAGUAUUUAUUUGGAGAAGCAAUAUUUUCGGUCCAUCAGUUUCCAUGCUAUCCCUCGUUCUUGUAAUAUGGCAGCCCAUACCCUACCAAAAGAGGCCUCUUCUAAGUUUGUAGAUUUGUGUUGGCUGGAUGACACUCCUAUGUGUGUUAGUAGCAUUGUUUUUAGGGAACAACCAAGUCCCUAA